GACGCCACCAGCAGCAGCAGAAGCAAGCUGAAAUUUUUGUUCAUGAUCGCAUCGCUUCUAGCAUUCUUCUCGUUGAUUUCAAGCGCAAUGGCAGGCAAUACGGAACGUACUUUUAUCAUGGUUAAGCCCGAUGGUGUCCAACGUGGCCUCGUUGGAAAAAUCAUCGAACGUUUUGAACAAAAGGGCUUCAAAUUGGUUGCCAUGAAGUUCAUGUGGGCCUCCAAGGAAUUGUUGGAGCAACACUAUGCCGAUUUGUCUGCUCGUCCCUUCUUCCCCGGUUUGGUCAACUACAUGAGCUCCGGCCCUGUGGUUCCCAUGGUGUGGGAGGGUUUGAAUGUUGUCAAGACCGGCCGUCAAAUGUUGGGUGCCACCAACCCCGCUGACUCCAUGCCCGGCACCAUCCGUGGUGACUAUUGCAUCCAAGUUGGCCGCAACAUCAUCCACGGUUCCGAUGCCGUUGAAUCUGCCAACAAGGAAAUUGCCUUGUGGUUCAAGGAAGAAGAACUUGUCAACUGGAAACCAGCUGCCGUUGACUGGGUUUAUGAAUAAACUAUAAAUAACAGC